AUGCAGGCGCUCAGCGGUCCGCGUCGGUUCGACGAGAUCUUACACGCCUGCGCCGUCCCACCCACCUCCUCCGCCCCCGAUGUGUCCGACGCGGUACGCGCCUGGGAGACCUCGGAUGCGGCAGUAGCUCGGUGGCUUGCCACUCAGCUUGACCACCCGGAACUCUGUAGCCUCCUCGACAACUUCAAUCCUCCCCAACUGGUGGACGGCUGCUGGACCCUUGUUGAGGCCUCUGAGGCCGCAGGAACUGUCGACGCCCCUAGUGUCCCAGCCCGGCAACCUCCAAAGUCCUCUCUUUUGUCCAGGCUGCAGGAUAUUUCCAAGCAACAAAUGAUCAGUCACAUCAGACGGCUUCUCAUAUCUCACCCAGAAUGCAUUUCCGAGGCCUUUGAGUGCGUCCAGCAUCUUCAGAUUGCCUCUGUGAGCACUGUUGCAGCUUCCCCUACCACGGCAUCCAAGCCUGCCUCCCGUCCCUCCGCGCCAAGAUCAGUCUCCGAGUCCUUACCUUGA